UCCAUUGUAAUAAUUUGGUUUGAUUUUAAGAUGUAAAUCUGUUAAUUAAUCCAGCACAAAUGUUUACAAAUAAAAGUUAAUAAAUGUAUGGCUAUCACUCCAUAGAUCAUCUAUUUUUUUAAAUUUGUGGAGCAACACUUGACUGUAUUGAAGUGAAUAGAUAAUUUAUUCAAGAUAAAUAUCCAGCCUAGAGUCUACAGCUAUUGUAAUGUUUCAAAGCGGUAAAUUCCAAUAUUUGUGACAGCCCGUGAAAGUAGCAUAAUGUGGGCGAUGUUAUAGAACCAAAAAUGACGUACCUUGUAAAACAGCUGUCGGAUUGGCUCUGAGCUUUCACGUGACAAUAAAGGUUUCCUGUGAUUGGCUCCAUGAAUCCACCCUUGCAUUUUUCCCGCAACAAACAAGUGUACGGCCACGGAGGGAGCGCGCAGCAGGAGCACUUCGGACUUUUUCAAAGCCAAAAAUGCCAAAACGAGCUUGUCCUUUUGCGGAAACCUUCUCUUCACAAUACAAAGUACAUGUGGGGCAGCAAGAGUUGAAUCACUCCAGUGUAUUUGGGCACAAAUAUAAGCAAGAAAUCUACGAGAAGACUAAGAACCUGCUGUUCAACGGUGCCAAGGCAGUGGUGGGCACAAUAUGGAGUGGAGAGGAGAAGCGCGUUGAGACACCUGCGAGCAGCCAGACACUGCUGAGAGGACAGACACUUAUUGGACAUGAUGGAAGGCUGACCAAAUCAACCAGAGCACAAGGUGCACCAACGGCUCCUACAGGCUGCUGCGUGUGUCAGAAGAGCCUUGGGUCCAGGACACCAUGCUCCCAGUGUGACCGUCUAGCCUGUUCCUCCUGCACCCAACAGUGCUCCAGCUGCUCCGGCCUCUGCUGCUCUGUCUGCACCAUUAUAGAUUACAGUGGACAAUACGAUGAAGUACUAUGCUGCAGUUGUUCGACGUAAAGAGAACGUCGAAGGGAGGGAUCAGAAGUUUACCCUCUGAACAUUAUAUAAUUGCCUCACAUGAGAUAUUACAAAGACUGCGUUUUAUACCUGUUUUUCUUUUGUCUUUUCUUUUUUAAUGGGAUCCAAAUGGGUUUUUGUUUGUGUGUAUGUAUAUGUAAUUAAUUCCAACAUUAACUGAAAUAAACUUGAACACUUUUUUGUAUGAUGUUAUCUGGUAACAUGUCUUUUUGGUUAGAGGAGCAAUGAAAACUGACUGAACAAAUGUCUGCCAGUUAGCUAAAAGGUAACCUGACUGUCUCCAUGUGUUGUACGAUGCAUAGAUCAGCAGAUGGCAGCACACUUCAAGG